UUUUUUUUUUUCGACCAUCUUCUUAAUAAAUAAAAUUUAUAGAAAAGAAAUUUUAUUAUUUUCUUUUGAAAUGUUUGGUUGUAUCGUAGCCGGAAGACUGAUUCAAACUAAUCUUCAACAAGUUGACGUAAAUAAAUAUACUUUUGAACUUCCCGAUGCAGCAACAAUAAAUCAUAUUGUGGUUUUUUUACUUGGAACUAUUCCUUUUGAUCCAGGUUAUGCAGCAACUGUUCAUUUUUUAUGGCCAGGAAAUGAAAAUGGUUGGAAAUUAUUGGGCAUGGUUUCAAAUGAAAAACCGAGCGCAAUUUUUCGUCUUCGUGGAUCAACUAUUCCAUCAAUAAGUGGAUCGAAUGCAUUUAGUACAAGAUUAUUAACAAGUAAUUCCGUUCAAUUUGGAGCAAAUAUUUCUACAAUAACUGCCACGUUGGGAAUUUCAAUUGAACCAAUUAAUGUAGUUGAGCAACAAAUUUCAUCCUUACCACAACAUACUAAUGCGUCAAUUCCAGAUCAAACUGCUCAGAUUUCUGCUAAUAUUCUUAAAAAUCUUUAUAAUUAUGUUACAUCUUUUGCUACUUCAAUAAUCCCUUUUGAUUCACAAAAGAUUGGUAUAGGAAAUUCAUAUAUAUCAACGAAAAUUUUUCAAGAUUGGUACGACGGAUUUAUGAGAAAAGUUAUGAUGGACCCAAAUAUUGUAUUAAAAAAUGAACCCAACAUUAUUUAAUAAAAAUCCUUUUU